AUGCCAACAACUAUUGACGAAAAACCAAAUGACGAACCAAAAACGUAUGAAACACCAGAUAGCGUACCAAUAAAGAGAAAUAAACAAGACGUGAAUUGGGAGGUUGAGUUUUUCUUUCAGUUAUUACCUUUCACUUUACCGGAACCCGACGCCUCCCAUAAAAUCAUGGUUUUGAAAGAUUUAAAAGAGGAAAAAACUAAACUACCCGAACCUGACGCAACAUACUUUGUUGACCCUUACGAUAGCGUUUAUGAAGCGGACGUCUCCUCCGUGUCUUCAGACGAAGAUUCAGAAUCUUUAGGCGGUGAACGUUUGGACUAUGAAAGUGCGGAAGAGAGUGAUUAUGAAGAAAUUACUCCGAAGAAGAAACGUUGCGGAGCUAUGUGGAGUUCUCAAUGCCGUCGUGCAGGUCGUUGUAUCUGCGUGGACGAAACUUUGGAUUAUAACGAUUAA